AUGCAUCUCCAGGACAAUAGAACUGGAUGGGUACCAUUACAAAACCUCUACGCUAAGAAUGACAAUAUAACCGAUCUAGUAGGAGGUAAUAACGAUGCUGAGGAGGAUCUCAAACAAAGUCCUAGAGUAAUAAAUACACCCAAUCAGCUGUUGUAUGUAGCCCGCCAGGGGUUACGCUUCCAGAUUUUUGACACUGUUCUAUGGAAUGACCUAUACGAAUGUGCACUAGAACUCAGUGGAGAUUUUCAACCGAGGCAAUGGGUACAGCUGGUGCAUAUAUUCAAACGCAUCAAAGUCAAACACCGUGGACUACUCGACCUGGCGACAAGAGAACUGCUCUAUCACCUUGAUCGAUUGUCGCUGGAAGACCUCAGCAAGCUUGCAUUGAGCUUUGCAUGGCAUGGAUAUUGCCAUAGCGAUAUGUUUAGCAGAAUCGCAGAGGUAGUCACAACGAGAUUACGGAGGGAAAAGAUGCAUGAAGUACCUGAUGUAGCCAAGAUUGACGAUGCAGAUGCGACAGACCCAGGUAGUACCGGGAAGGAGCCACAAAAAAACAGUGCGCUAUCAAAAAUCACAUCGUAUACUCAUCUACUAGGUGCAUUUUCCAAGUGCGAAGUUGCCCAUAAAGAGCUAUUUGAAGCAGUAGCUGCAGACCUAGUAGAUCAAAUCAGGUCAAAGGAAAUGCUUAUCCCUCCAGGAUUUUUGUCGAAGAUUUUCGCGUCUUACGCGAGGUUUGGUUACAGACAUGUUACGCUGUUUGAUGCACUGUCGAAGGAAAUGGUCACCGCCAAAAUCCCUACAGAGCAAUUGGCAAGUAUACAAAAAAUGAUGAAAGCACUAGACUAUGAAAACGAUAUUAUGCUCAACAUAUUUGCCUAUAGACUGGGUAACGCCGUACAAGGCUCAGAAAAUCAAUGA